AUGUCGGCAACCCAGGGUAUCAACGUGGCCAUCAUCGGCGUCGGCCUCGUCGGCUCGUCGGUCAUCCAGCAGCUCACCACCGUCGCUGGUCUCUCGUCCAAGCUCCACCUCGUCGCGCUGCAGAACAGCAAGAAGACGCUCCUCAGCACGCCCACCUCACCUCUCUCGCUCUCUGGCUCCGCGGACUGGAAGAGCCUCCUCACCAACAGCUCCACCUCGGCGCUUGCACUUCCUGACCUCGUCGUCGAGCUGCAGAAGAUCACGCGCGAGUCCGGACGCCACACCGCCGUGGUCGACAACACCUCCGACGAGAAGGUGGCUGCCUUCUACCCCGAGUUCCUCGCCGCGGGCCUGAGCGUCGUGACGCCCAACAAGAAGGCCUUCUCCGGCCCCAUCGAGCUGUACAACGAUAUCCUCAAGUACAAGUCCAACGACAAGGCCGGUUCCAAGGGCCCGCUCGUCUACCAGGAGUCGACUGUCGGUGCGGGUCUGCCCAUCAUCUCGACGCUCGUCGACCUCGUCAACACGGGCGACGAGAUCACCAAGAUCGAGGGCGUCUUCUCGGGCACGCUCUCGUACAUCUUCAACGAGUUCUCCACGCCCAAGGGUGGCGACAAGAAGUUUUCGGACAUUGUCAAGUUUGCCAAGGAGAACGGAUACACGGAGCCGCACCCGAACGACGAUCUCUCGGGUUCGGACGUCGCACGCAAGCUAGCCAUCCUCUCGCGACUCGUGCCUGAGCUCAAGGACGCUCUUCCCAAAGGCUACCUCUCGGUGCCCACGCACUCGCUCACUCCGGCCCCGCUUGCGGAUGUCGCCUCGGGCGAGGAGUACGUUCAGCGUCUGCCCGAGUUCGACGGUGACUACGAUAGCCUCAACAAGGAGGCGUUCAACAACGGCUCGGUGCUGCGAUACGUCGGCGUGAUCGACGUCAAGAACAACGAGAUCAAGGCAUCGCUCGAAACCUACCCCGCGUCGCAUCCGUUUGCAUCGUCGCUGUCCGGCUCGGACAACAUCAUCGCCUUCCACACAAAGCGCUACUCUGCCCGCCCCCUGCUUGUCCAGGGCUCGGGCGCUGGUGCCGAUGUCACCGCCAUGGGCGUCGUCGCCGACCUCAUCAAGAUCGCCGAACGUCGUUCCUAA